UCAGGUAUCGACAUCGUAAAGUAAAUACUGAACAACGAAAUAUGUCCUGAUUGCUGUUCAUCUUUUGUAAAUUGAUUAUACACAACACACGCAACAUGCCAAAGACAACGAGAUAGUUCAAAAUGGCGGCUCAAGAUAAAGAGUGGAUAGAACUAUUCGGGGACUUCAACCGAACGAAAGUUCCUCCCGAGGUUGUAGAUGUGCCUAAGCUGAACUACAGUGAUUAUGACAACCAGUCAUACAUACCUCUAGAGUAUUCUAACUUCACAACGGACGAUUACUGCUCAUCAAAUUAUUCCCAUUGGUAUUUGAAUGUAACGUGCGAAUUCCCUAUAAAUUACGCCGAGCCCAUGUAUGGGUACAUAGCCCCGUUUCUCCUAGCUACCACCACCGUUGCCAACACUCUCAUCGUGGUGGUACUCUCCCGUCGCCAUAUGCGUACCCCGACCAAUGUGGUGCUAAUGGCGAUGGCAUUGUGCGACAUGUUCACCAUGCUCUUCCCGGCACCAUGGCUGUUUUAUAUGUACACAUUUGGAAACCACUACAAGCCGUUGAGUCCUGUUAGGGCGUGUCAAGCAUGGAAUUAUAUGAAUGAGGUGAUUCCGGCAAUGUUUCACACGGCGAGCAUCUGGCUGACACUGGCACUGGCUGUCCAGAGGUAUAUAUAUGUGUGCCACGCGCCCGUCGCCAGAACCUGGUGCACAAUGCCGCGAGUGAUGAAAUGCCUGAUCUACAUCGGUAUAGCAGCGUUUCUCCAUCAGUUGCCCAGAUUCUUCGAUCGGCAGUACAUACCACAUGUAACGGUGUGGCGUGGACACCUGGAGGAAGUCUGCAGGAUGGAAAUGUCACCGUGGGUUCAAACACUAUCAAUGGACGCGUACUUCAUCACAUACUUUGGUUUUCGAGUUCUAUUCGUUCACUUAAUACCCUGCACCUCUCUAGUAGUCCUCAACGUCCUCCUCUUCAGGGCGAUGAGAACAGCCCAAAUAAACAGACAGAAACUAUUCAAAGAAAACCGUAAGUCUGAAUGCAAAAAGCUGAGAGAUUCAAACUGCACGACGUUAAUGCUUAUAGUGGUAGUUACGGUUUUCCUCCUGGUAGAAAUACCGGUCGCGGUUGUAACUAUAUUACACAUAAUAUCGAGUACGAUAGUCGAAAUAUUAGACUACCAUAUCGCCAAUAUACUAAUAUUAAUUACCAAUUUCUUCAUAAUAGUGUCUUACCCAAUUAAUUUUGCGAUUUAUUGCGGCAUGUCGAGGCAGUUUCGCGAGACAUUCAAAGAGCUAUUCAUUAGAGGCGCCGUCACUAGUCGGAAAAAUGGCGGCUCCAGUAGAUAUUCAUUAGUAAAUGGACCUAGGACCUGCACAAACGAAACUGUACUCUAGGUUAUGUUUUGUA